AUGUUCCAGCUGAAGGUGCUGUUCUUGGCCUUGCUCACGACCGCCACGGCAAAAAACACGACUUCGGCCUCUGCCACCGUCGACUGGCUACCGGUUUUCGAGCUCAGGGUCAGAGACAACAGAGCCUUCGACUACACGGUCGAAAUAGGAAGUCCUCAACAAUCACUGGAGUUACGGCUGGACGUGGGAAACGCGAACCUGUGGGUGCCCGGCGCCGACAGCUUCACGGCGUGCCCCACCACGCGCGCGUCCUCCACCACAGCAGACUCCUCUGCCACGGAAUCCGCGUCCGCGUACACAACCCCUUGCGCUCCGCUGGGUGUCUACGACCUCAACAGCUCUUCAAGCGGGACGUAUUUUUCUGGUGAACAAGGCAUCGCCGUUGCGAGCGUCGACGACGCCACGGGAGUCGACUACUCGUACCUCGACGGUAUCGGAGUUUCGGGGUAUCUGGCAGUCGACGAUUUCGACUUCCCGAUCUACGACGCAUACGAAAACGGCUCUUCUGUCAACCACUCGCUGGCAUUCCAGGACGUCAGGUUCCUGUACGCCAACGACUCGAAUGUGAACACGGGUGCGCUCGGGCUGGGAAUCCCGUGCCACGACUACUCUGUGAGUUUCAUUGACUACUUCAAAGAAGCAAACUUCAUUCAAAACAGUUCCUACUCGCUGAUCACAAGCACGCUAAACAGCAGCGACCCGGUUCUGAUUUUGGGUGGGGUUUCGUCGACGCGAAUCUCCGGCAACUUCUACCAGUACGACUUCAUCCCCGUGGUUGAUGUCACUCAGCGUUUUGUCACCGUCAACGGCGGAUACACCGAUACGCUGCCGAUAAUCCCUAUAACCGGCAUCGGAGUCACGGCAAACGACGGCGAGACAGUUAUCUUCCCCAACACCUUCACCGAGGAAAACGACACGGGAACGUACCCGAAACCUGCUCUCCUGGACUCGCGGACGCUGUACAACUUCAUUCCGUACUCGACGCUCAUCGAGCUGGCGCUGGAGCUCAAUGCGUACUAUGCUAGCGACAUGGACGUCUGGCUUGUCGACUGCGAUAUUGGCUCGGUCGGCACGAUCGACAUCCAUCUCGGAGACCUUGUGGUGAAGAUGCCGAUCAGCAGUGUGCUGUACGAGCAGAAGAACGAGGACGGCUCGGAUCUCGUGUUCCAGAGCGGCGACAAAGCCUGUGCCCUGGCUUUUCUUCCAGAUAACACCUUCGGGUACUCUCUGCUCGGCAUUCCUUUCCUCAAGAACAUCUAUUUGGCCGUCAACAACGAUUACAGAACGCUGGCAAUCUCCAACAUUGUGCGCGACGACGAAAAGAACUCGAAAGCAGACGUUUUCUAUCCAAUGGACUCAGGAACCAUUCCUCUCGCUCAGUAUAAUAAUAUUUCCAGCUACUCGGAAAUCACCAUGACUGUCACCACGUACGCUCUGAAACCCUCGCAGCUGCCCAAAUUCACCGAGGCGUUUGUUUCCGACGGCGAAGUGUACCUGACGGGCACAGACGACUCGCCGUCUACCUCGGCAGGCCCAUCUCCCUCCGGCUCCUAUUCAAGCUCGGCCAGAAACGCCGCUUCGAGCCACCGCUCAAGCACGGUACUGCCGUCCCUGCUGGGUCUCCUGGUGCUCUUUGUGUACCUUCUCUGA